AUGAUAUCUAAGUUAGGCAAGAAGGAAUAUAACUAUGAUUACAAGAAGAACAAAUUUUGCUCAAAGAAAUUUGACAACUUCGGUAGCGGAGACAAGAAGAAGUGCUACAGUUGUGGUGACUAUGGUCAUAUGGCAUAUGAUUGCCCUCAUCCCGACAAGAGAAAUAAGAAUAAGAGCAAGUCAAAUGAUACAAGUGAUGAUGAGGACAAGUACAAGAAGAAGAGUCUAGAUAAUGGGAAGAAGAAGAAGCUCUUCAAGAAGGGUCAAGGCCGCAAGGCUUACAUGGUUGGUGAAUGGGUCUCUGGCGAGAGCUCAAGUAAUGAUUCAAGCGAAGAUGAAGACAACAACUUCACAGGUCUCGCCAUCACCAAUGAUCUACCACUUCCUCCACCAAUUAUGUGCCUUAUGGUAAAAAGUAACAACAAGGUGAGUAGUAAGGAUGAUGAUAAUAAUAAUGACAAUGAUGGUCUUUUUCCCUAA